AUGUACCCAAACAUUCUCUGGACGUUACUCCAUAGGAUAAGGACGAUAGAUUUACAGUACCUUGUGAUUCUACCUUGUACAGCAUUUCAAUUUCUCAAAAAAAACUUCUCUCUUCCUUUGAUUUUCCUGACAGCCGCUGGCUUUGCACCUCCCAAGGACGAGAGGAGUCGCAGCCCGAGUGCAUCCAGCGCCGACAGCCGGAGUUGGCAGAACCAGCGCAGCUACCGGGGCAGAGGCAGGGGUAGAGGUAGGGGCGGAAGAGGAGGACGAGGGCGUGGUGGGUACUCCGGUGGCUACUGGCAGAGCAACAACGUGGAUGUCCCAGUAACAAAUAACAACGAACAAACAUCUCCAGAUUCUGAAUUAUUCCAAGAAUUUGUGCCACAGUACUAUGACCUGGGCAGCGCUGAAGCCGCAGGAGCUGACACCGGCACCGGCAAUGGAGUCCCUGCAGGCACCGGCACUCCUGGUGCGGGAGGGGACGCAGACUUUGAAACUCCACAGUUUGUGACACCUCAGUACAACAAUCCUGUAUUCUACGAUGGCUCCACACCGGUGUUUACCCCUAGCGCCGCCUCGACAUCUCCAUCAUUCUCCCUGGAUGAAGGCACUCUCAAAGACUAUGUCAAAAAGCAAAUUGAAUACUACUUCAGCGUAGAUAAUCUUGUGAAGGAUUUAUUCCUGAGGAAAAAGAUGGAUACCGAGGGCUACCUCCCUCUCAGUCUCAUCGCCAGUUUCCAUCGAGUCAAGGCUCUGACUAGUGAUGUUGGCGUCAUCACCACGGUAAGUUUUUAUCCAACAGAUGACGAUUACUUGUCUAGAAUAGGAGAUGUACAUGUAACUAGGAUGAGAAUUGAUACAAGAAUUAAUCCACAGGUUUCUUUUUCUUUAUGCUGAAGAAAUCUUCAUUGU